AUGCCGAACGGAGCCAUCAAGCAAUGCACCAACCCCGCUUGCAACCGCGAGUUCAGCCGGAAAGAGCGAAAGCACCACUGCAGUCUCCUUGUUUCGUCCCCUUUCUUGCCCUCUCCCGCUUGUUUACAAGCGACACUUCGUUUACAAACUUCCUCGUCUCACGGCAACUGCUUCAUUUCCUGCGAGUCGCAGAGAGCCGUCGAAGAGGGUUACCCGUUGGGUCGCUUUCUUCACAACGGCUCCUCCAACUCGUUGGUUUCUGAAGCUGAUGGCGACGGCGACGGCGACUGCGACGGCGACGGCGAUGGCGACGAGGAUGACGACGACAACAGCUGUCGACAUCAUAGUGACGAUAACGAUGACAACGAAGACAGCUAUACUCGUUAUAAUAAUAAUGACGAUUAUGACGGUGCGGUUUCCGACGCGGAUACGGCAGAAGCGGCGAAAAUCGAGUCGUAUAGACGUCAGGAGGCGAUGGCAACUCGUGCGACUCGCAGCUUCGGCAAUCCCGGGGGCGCGGGCGUCAGCAGGGCGCGAAACGACCACCUGGGCGACGGCGGCAGCGGUCGCAGCUGGAGUGGCGAAAACUGGCGAAACAGCAGCGACAUGGACGUGCUCGAAAGCAGCAGAAACGGCGGUAACAGGAAUUACGGAAGUAGCAGAGAGCAGCAGGCACAGCAGACACGGGAUGUCAGCCCGAACGACAACAUGGGGAAUCGACCGGGAGCCAUGGUUUUUGACAAAUGCAGGAGCUUGGAUCACAGAGAUAAGGCGGCCGCGCGAGCCUACACGCGAUUUUCGGUCAAAAGCGAGCGGGACAGCAGCGGCGGCGGCAGAAGCAGCCAAGAUCUCUCUCCACGCGGCGGCAUGGACAGUGCUCUUAGUGCUCAUAGCGUUAACAUCACGUACAACAGAAGCAGGACCCUAGAUGCUAGCGAUAAAGCAACCGCCAGACGACCCCCUCCCAGCAGCAGACCGAUUUUUGAGGCGACUCAAAAGCUGGAGAGAAGCUUCAGCAGCGCCGAUCCGUCGUCUCCUUUAAAUAUCACGUACAACAGGAGUAGAACCCUAGACGCCAGCGAUAGCGGUGGUGAUAGUGCCGCUAGGAGCUGGAACGAGGCUGCAGGCGGUAGUAGGGGAUUCGGUGCCGAGUUUGGAAAGAGCAAGACUCUUGACAGCAGCGACAAGGACGCUAUAAGGCGUAUUGCUAGUGCUGGGAGGUCGCAGGAGUGCAGUGCGGUGUGGAGCGGUCCGGUCAGUCUGAUAGAGUGGAGCACGAGUGACGUGUGCUCGUGGCUCAUCCACUCUGUUGGCUUCCCAGAUGGCAGUGGGCAAGAGUACGCAAGGGACUUUGAUCAGCAUCAGGUGGACGGUCUCUCGCUCGUUGGCAUCACCAACUCCCACCCGGCCCUUGCUCGCAUGCGAUUGGCCGAUUACACCCUCUUCGAAUCCCACCGUCGCCAACUGGUUACCGCAGAAGCUGCUGCUCCCCCCGCCCCGCAGCACCCACCUGCACCGCUCCCAACCGUGGACUUCUCCUCUGCAUCUACCACAUCUACCGCAGCUGCUUCUGUUGGCAGUGCGGUGCUGUGCGGUGGUGCCGCGAGCAGGGUUGGAGUGGGUGCGGUGCGGUGCGGUUCCGACCCCACUGUUCUCCUGCAUCACUUACCCAAGCAACACUCAGUUAAAAGCCGGCAUUAUGACGCCUCUUCUGCUGCCAACACCCCUUCAGCACUUAGCUGUAGAUCCUCCCAGCCCUCCCAUUCCCCCUGGUCCUCUCCCUCUUCUACCUUUAUCCAACGCACCUCCAGUGGCAGUAGCUUCUGCUCCCUCCCUCCCCUCUCCUCCGCCUCUCUCAACUCUUCCUCCCACCCGUCACAUUUCCCCCACUCCACCAGCCAUCCCUUUCGCCACCGUCGCACCAGCAGCAUUGGCGCCUCUAUCGUAUCUGAUCUUCUCCAGAAAAGGACAAACACCACCGGUGGGGCGGGGGACGUCCGGCCGGCAGCGGUGCAAUCUCCUGCCGCCCGGAUUACCAGGCAGGAGAGCGGGGUGGUCGGGGCUGUGGGCGGGUGGUUUGCCAGUUGGGGGAGCAAGCAGGAGAGGCAGCAGGAGUCUGAGGAAGAAAGGGAGAAGGCACGGGCUCUGGAAGAGAAGGAAGAGCGGAGAAGGCAGAGCAAGGGAGAGGUGGAGGGAGAGGAGGAGGAGGAGGAAGAGGGUGAGGAGGGAGAUGAGGAGGGGGAGGUGGUGGCGGCGGUGGUGGAGGAGGUGGUGUGUCUGCGAGGGGAGGUGACAGCAGCAGAGGAGAGGGAGUGCACCGUCAAAGCACAGCUGUGUCAUUUGGACGACCUUCUCAAGGAGUCUCUGCUCGUGGAGUAUCUGCCAACCAGAACGAAAUGGGCGUCCACACCAAACGACCCACCUGCUCAGAGCAACAACACCACCACAACUGAGGAGGACGAGUGGGUGCCGCGCUUUGUGACGCUCACACCCACCGACAUCGCAUGCUACCUGCACGCCACCGACCUGCACCCGCAGAUCACCCUCCCUGUCGCCUCCAUCGCCUCUGCUGGCACGCUCCACAUGGCCCCUGCACCUCCGGCUGUAGCACCAGCUGUAGCAAAGGAUGCAUCAUCGGCUGUAGCUACAUCUGUAGCGGCGGCUGUAGCACUGUCAUCAUCGUCAUCAUCAUCGGAGGAGUGGUUUGCGUUCCAUGUGACGACCAGCUACGGGUUCAAGCUGGAGUGCGCCACUCGCAGCUGUGCCAAGCUCCAGCUGUGGCUGGCGACUGUGCAUGAGGCAAUUGCCAAUGCUGUCCACGCCAGUUUCGCUUCGCUUCCAGUCCAGUCAGUCGUGACGGUCGUCACGGUGGGUGCAGAGUCUGCAACGUCAUCAUCGCUCCCAACGACUCCCCCAGUGCCCCCUCCAGCAUCCCUCGCAGCCUUCUUCGCUGGCGGGAAACUGCCUGUCACUUCCUCCCCUCACGCCACUGCGUUGGUGAAGGGAAAGGUGUUUUUGCGCCAUGUGGCCAGGCUAACUCCCACUCGUAGCCACGGAAAAGUGGUUGGCGACCGAGGAGCAACCGGAAGAAUAGUCAUGAAGGGAGUUAAGGCCUCUGCAGGUGCCUGCUACCUCGUGGUCAAGAUGCGAGUCAACAACAUCCAUUCUGGAGGGGCUGCGCCCUUCAUAAACGCUGUUUCGGAUUGCCUCGCUGGCAUGUUUGAGGAAGGAUAUGAAGGCAUUGUCGAGUCAGUUGUAACGCUCAUCGUGGUGCGUGCAGAGUCUGCAACGUCAUCAUUGCUCCCAACGACCCCCCCAGCGUCAUCCCUCGCAGCCUUCCUCCCCGCCGCCGGACGGCUGCCUGUCACCUCCUCAGCUCAUGCCACUCCGUUGGUGAAGGGGAAGGUGUUUAUGCGCUAUGGGGCCAGGCUCACUCCCCCUCGUAGCAACAGAAAAGUGGUUGGAGACCGAGGAGCAACUGGAAGAGUAAUCAUGAAGGGAAUAACAGUCUGCAACGUUAUCAUCACUCCCAACGACCCCCCCAGCUGCACCUUCAGCGUCACCCUCAGCAUCCCUCGCAGCCUUCCUCCCCGCAGGCGGACCGCUGCCUGUCACUUCCUCCGCUCUCGCCACUCCGUUGGUGAAGGGGAAGGUGUUCCGCUCACUCCCCCUCGUCGCCACGGAAUAGUGGUUGGAGACCGAGGAGCAACUGGAAGAGUGGUCUUGAAGGGAGUCAAGGCCUCUGCAAGUGCCAGCUACGUUGUGUUCAAGAUGCGUGUCAACAAAAUCCAGUCUGGAGGGGCUGCACCCUUCGUGGACGCCGUUUCGACUUGCCUUGACGGCAAGUUUGCUGUGGGUUAUGAAGGCAGUGAGUGGGAGAACAUCACGAGUGCCACCAGGGGUGGUUGGCCCUGGGGUGGUCGGCGCAAGCGUUACAGCUUCGCUACCUCAAUAGUUAUGGGCCCAGGAUCACAGACCGAUGACUCCCUUGGCGGAAACUCGAGGACUACUAUGAUUGCAUGCAUCAGCCCGGCUGCAGAGUGGUACCAGGAGACUCUCAGCACACUCAGGUUUGCAGUGGGGGCGAGGAACGUGCGCAACAAGGCAGUGGUGAACGAGGCCCCUGUGGACCUGCUGCAGAGGGUCGCUCAGAUUGAGAAGAAUAGAGUAAACAGGAAUCUUGAGGCGGCGUUUUCAGGCGCCAAGGGGUUUGCGACUCCCCUUCUCACGAGGGGCAAGGCUGCGGCAGUAGAGCGAGAGAGAGCGGCAGAGCAGGAGGAGAUGGCAACGAAUGAGCAGGCGAAAGAGGUGAAGGGAUUGAAGGAGAGGGUGCGCGAGGCAGAAAGGAGGGCGGAAGAGUUUGCGCUGUUAAUGGGGGAAGCAACAAGGAGGGUGCAAGAGGCGCAGGAAGAAGCAGCAAGGAAGGUGCAAGAGGCGAAGGAAGAAGCGGCGAGGAAGGUGCAAGAGGCGAAGGAAGAAGCAGCAAGGAAGGUGCAAGAGGCAAAGGAAGAAGCGGCAGCAGCAGGGGAGAGAGCGCGAAAGAGAGUGGCGGGACAGGAGGAGGAGUUAAAGAGGGUGAGGGAUGAGAUAGAUGAGGAACGGCGACAAGUGGGUGAGCUGGAGAGGAGGGUGGAGGAAUUGAAGGAGGAGACAGGGCGAGUAGCGGAGGAGAGAGAUGGGGCACAGCAACGAGUAUGUGACCUGGAGAGGAAGGUAGAGGAGUUGGAAGAAGAGACAGGGCGAGUGGCAGAGGAGGGAAAGAGGGUGAGGGAGGAGAGAGAUGGGGCACAGCAACGAGUAUGUGACCUGGAGAGGAAGGUAGAGGAAUUGGAAGAAGAGACAGGGCGAGUGGCAGAGGAGGGAAAGAGGGUGAGGGAGGCGAGGGAUGGGGCACAGCAACGAGUAUGUGACCUGGAGAGGAAGGUAGAGGAAUUGGAAGGAGAGACAGGGCGAGUGGCAGAGGAGGGAAAGAGGGUGACGGAGGAGAGAGAUCGGACACAGCAACGAGUAGGUGACCUGGAGAGGAAGGUAGAGGAAUUGGAAGAAGAGACAGGGAGAGCGGCAGAGGAGGGAAAGAGGGUGAGGGAGGAGAGAGAUUGGGCACAGCAACGAGUAGGUGACCUGGAGAGGAAGGUAGUGGAAUUGGAAGAAGAGACAGGGAGAGCGGCAGAGGAGGGAAAGAGGGUGAGGGAGGAGAGAGAUCGGGCACAGCAACGAGUAGGUGACCUGGAGAGGAAGGUAGUGGAAUUGGAAGAAGAGACAGGGAGAGCGGCAGAGGAGGGAAAGAGGGUGAGGGAGGAGAGAGAUCGGGCACAGCAACGAGUAGGUGACCUGGAGAGGAAGGUAGUGGAAUUGGAAGAAGAGACAGGGCGAGUGGCAGAGGAGGGAAAGAGGGUGAGGGAUGAGAGAGAUGAGGAACGACGACAAGUGGGUGAGCUGGAGAGGAGGGUGGAGGAAUUGAAGGAGGAGACAGGGCGAGUAGCGGAGGAGAGAGAUGGGGCACAGCAACGGGUAGGUGACCUGGAGAGGAAGGUAGAGGAAUUGGAAGAAGAGACAGAGCGAGUGGCAGAGGAGGGAAAGAGGGUGAGGGAGGAGAGAGAUGAGGCACAGCAACGAGUGGGUGAGCUGGAGAGGAAGGUACAGGAAUUGGAGAAGAGCAGGAGCGAGGCAGAAGAUUAUGCAUUGUUAUUGGAGAAAUCAGUGAUGAAGGUGCAGGAGGCACAGGAAGAAGCGGCGGUGGCAGGGGAGAGAGCACGAGAGAUGAUGAUUAUGGAGGAGAGGGACGGGGCGUUGCGAUCGGCGGAGGAGCGGGCGAGGGAGGCGGAGAGGUUUAGGGAGGAGAGGGACGCGGCGUUGCGAUCGGCGGAGGAGCGGGCGAGGGAGGCGGAGAGGUUUAGGGAGGAGAGGGACGCGGCGUUGCGAUCGGCGGAGGAGCGGGCGAGGGAGGCGGAGGGGUUUUUGGAGGAGAGGGACGCGGCGUUGCGAUCGGCGGAGGAGCGGGCGAGGGAGGCGGAGGUGUUUAGGGAGGAGAGGGACGCGGCGUUGCGAUCGGCGGAGGAGCGGGCGAGGGAGGCGGAGGGGUUUAGGGAGGAGAGGGACGCGGCGUUGCGAUCGGCGGAGGAGCGGGCGAGGGAGGCGGAGGGGUUUUUGGAGGAGAGGGACGCGGCGUUGCGAUCGGCGGAGGAGCGGGCGAGGGAGGCGGAGGGGUUUAGGGAGGAGAGGGACGCGGCGUUGCGAUCGGCGGAGGAGCGGGCGAGGGAGGCGGAGGGGUUUAGGGAGGAGAGGGACGCGGCGUUGCGAUCGGCGGAGGAGCGGGCGAGGGAGGCGGAGGGGUUUUUGGAGGAGAGGGACGCGGCGUUGCGAUCGGCGGAGGAGCGGGCGAGGGAGGCGGAGGGGUUUAGGGAGGAGAGGGACGCGGCGUUGCGAUCGGCGGAGGAGCGGGCGAGGGAGGCGGAGGGGUUUAGGGAGGAGAUGGACGCGGCGUUGCGAUCGGCGGAGGAGCGGGCGAGGGAGGCGGAGGGGUUUAGGGAGGAGAGGGACGCGGCGUUGCGAUCGGCGGAGGAGCGGGCGAGGGAGGCGGAGGGGUUUAGGGAGGAGAGGGACGCGGCGUUGCGAUCGGCGGAGGAGCGGGCGAGGGAGGCGGAGGGGUUUAGGGAGGAGAGGGACGCGGCGUUGCGAUCGGCGGAGGAGCGGGCGAGGGAGGCGGAGGGGUUUAGGGAGGAGAGGGACGCGGCGUUGCGAUCGGCGGAGGAGCGGGCGAGGGAGGCAGAGGGGUUUAGGGAGGAGAGGGACGCGGCGUUGCGAUCGGCGGAGGAGCGGGCGAGGGAGGCGGAGGGGUUUUUGGAGGAGAGGGACGCGGCGUUGCGAUCGGUGGAGGAACGGGCGAGGAGGGUAGAGGAGUUGGAGGAGAGGGUGCGAGAGGCUGAAAGGAUGCAUGAAUGGGAUGCACUUUCACUGGAAGAAGGAGCAACGAGGGUGCAGGAACGGGAGGUGGUGUUAGGGGAGGGAGCGAGUGAGGGACUGGUAGGGCAGGAGGAGAGAGUGAGUGAGGGACUGGGAGGGCAAGAGGAGGAGGAAUUGAGUGAGAGACUGGUGAGGCAGGGAGAGGGAGUGAGUGAGAGAUGGGAGGGGCAAGAGGCGGAGGAGGAGGGGGUGAGAGAGGGACUGGGGAGGCAGGAGGAAGAGGAAGGAGUGAGUGAAGGAUUGGGGGGGCAAGAAGAGGAGGAGGAGGAGGAGGAGGAGGAGGAGGAGGAGGAGGAGGAGGAGGAGGAGGAGGAUGAGGAGGAGGGAAUGGGUGAGAGACUGGGGGGGCAGGAAGAGGAGAGAGGGAGAGAGGGAUUGGAGGGCCAGGUUGAGGCAGAGGGAGCGAGUGAAGGACUGGAGGGGCAGGAGGAGGGGGAGGAAGAUACGGGGAGGAGGAGGAAGCGGCGACCGCUUACAGUGGACGAGGUGGAGUCACUGGUGGCUGGUGUGGAGACGAUAGGCUUUGGCAGGAAAGGGGUUGGUCAUGUGCAAAAGUGUCUGUCUGUACAGACGAGUUCCAACUUCCUUGGAACUCAAUUAACAAGCUCACGCUUGAGUGACCUCGAAGAAGGUGCUCUGCAAGAGCAGCAAGAGGAGCUCGCAGCAGUAGUGCAGGCGAAGCAAGAGGAGCAGGCGAAGCAAGAGGAGGGGAAGGCGAAGCAAGAGGAGGGGAAGGCGAAGCAAGAGGAGGGGAAGGCGAAGCAAGAGGAGGGGAAGGCGAAGCAAGAGGAGGGGAAGGCGAAGCAAGAGGAGCAGCAAUUGGAGCAAGAGCAGCAGCAGGUGGAGCAAGAGGAGGGGGAGGUGCAGCAAGAGGAGGUGAACAGGAGGAGGCAGGCGGAGGUGGGGCAGGGGGAGGUAGGGCAGGCGGAGGUAGGGCAGGCGGAGGUAGGGCAGGGGGGGGUGGGGCAGGUGGAGGUAAGGCAGGCGGAGGUGAGGCAGGUGGAGUGGAUUAGCGGUGAUGAGGAGGCAAGGCCGCAGCAAGGUGGGGGGGAGAAAUUUGUUGUGGAGGCAGGUCACCAACUGUGUUUGUUGAUAGUGGCGCAAAGCCCGGGUGGUUGCAGAAGGGGAGUGGCAGAGGUGGAGGUGCGGCAGGCGCAGGUGCAGCAGGCGGAGGUGAGGCAGGUGGAGGUGCGGCAGGGGGAGGUGAGGCAGGGGGAGGUGAGGCAGGGGGAGGUGAGGCAGGGGGAGGUGGAGCAGGCGGAUCGGAUCGACUGUGAUGAGGUGGCGAGUCGACAGCAGCAACUGGAGGUUAGUGUUUCUGGGAGGCAGGUCUCUCUGGGCCGCUCUGAGUUGUUUGUGCUUAGAGGAGCGAUGCAUGAGAUACAAAUAGGGAAGAUUGACAAUGAUGAGGAGGUGAGUGCUGCAGCGGUGACUGGAGGGAAGUUCAACAAUGGUGAGGAGGUGAGUGCUGCUGGUGGUGCUGAGGUUCCUGGCUGUGGAUGGAAUGGAAUGAGGUGGAGAAAGAGAGAGAGAUGGAAUGAGGCGGAGGAGGCGGAGGAGGCGGAGGAGGAGGAGGAGGAGGAGGAGGAGGAGGAGGAGGAGGAGGAGGAGGAGGAGGAGGAGGAGGAGGAGGAGGAGGAGGAGGAGGAGGAGGAGGAGGAGGAGGAGGCGGAGGAGGAGGAGGAGGAGGAGGAGGAGGAGGAGGAGGAGGAGGAGGAGGAGGAGGAGGAGGAGGAGGAGGAGGAGGAGGAGGAGGAGGAGGAGGAGGAGCGGGAGGGCAGAUCGGUACAGAAGCGGCAGCACAACCUUUCCUGCUCUGCAGCUAGGAGUCGCCACCACACAAGCAGCAGCGAAUUUCACCCCCCUGGUGCCGCGCGUUCUCUCGUCCCCUCUCCUCUCUUUUCCCGUUCCCCUUCACUCGAGAUUUCUCUUCUUCCCCUCCUCCCCUCAUCCCCCACUUCUAUCCUAGCGAACCAGGCGGUUACUAGACGCACGGAGGAUAAGGAGGAGGCGUGGGUGCCGGUGACUAAGCUCGGGCGGCUCGUGAAGGAGGGGAAGAUUAAGUCGAUCGAGCACAUUUACCUCUUUUCGCUGCCGAUUAAGGAGCAUCAGAUAGUCGAGGCUUUCCUGCCGACUCUUAAGGACGAGGUUAUGAAGAUCAUGCCCGUGCAGAAGCAGACGCGCGCCGGGCAGCGUACGCGUUUUAAGGCGUUUGUCGUCGUCGGUGACUGCAACGGUCACAUCGGCCUCGGCGUGAAGUGCGCGAAGGAGGUCGCGACCGCUAUUCGCGGCGCGCUGAUCCUCGCGAAGCUGUCCGUGAUUCCCGUGCGACGCGGGUACUGGGGUAACAAGAUCGGCAAGCCGCACACCGUGCCGACCAAGGUUACCGGAAAGUGCGGCUCGGUCACCGUGCGACUCGUGCCCGCGCCGCGUGGUUCCGGGAUUGUGGCGGCGCGCGUGCCGAAGAAGGUGUUGCAGUUUGCGGGUAUCGAGGACGUGUUCACGUCGUCGCGCGGCUCCACGAAAACACUCGGCAAUUUCGUGAAGGCUACCUUUGCCUGUCUGCUCAACACAUAUGCCUUCCUGACGCCCGACCUGUGGCACGCCACCAAGUUCACCAAGACGCCCUUCCAGGAGUUCACUGACUUCCUCGCCAAGCCCCACAAGCUCGCGCUCCCUGUUGCUGUGCCCGAUGCCUAUGCUGCCCCCCCUCCUGCCGCCGCCGCCCCUGUUCCUGCCUUUUAA